AUGUCCCCCGCCAUGAUUGCUGAGAUGCAGCCGGAUCUGCAUCAUGACCAGCUUGAGGCCGUGGGCAAAGCCUUCGAUGCGCUCCUACUAACUGUGUACCAACUGACUCACAGACAAAAUGAGCUGUUGCAGCACAUGGAUAAUGUCUUCAAAGAGUACACACAAGUGAUAGAAAUUCUGCCUCCUCAAGAUAGACAUCAUGCACAGGACGUUCAAUUCAAGCUGUUUGCUCAGCAAGAAGAGUACCGUCAGGGCCUCGUACACAGCAAGCCUCGAGUGGCGGAACAACCGUUGAAUUCCAUGGAUGUAAUCAAGACACUCGUUGCGCAUCAAAAUGUAGACGAAAAUACUUUCUCGGCCAUCAAGAACGGCGUCAAAGGGUGCAAAUCUCUGCUCCGUUCUCAAGAUAGCCUGUCCCAAAUAUCAUCCAACUCGUGCAUCCUCGCGCAAGCACCGGCUCCAGCAAUUGCGCUGGAGAAGGACUUCACAACGAAUGGCACCCAGGGAAAUCUACAGUGUCCGUUCUCCAAACCGCAUAAGAUGAAGAGCACAAAUGGCAGUGAGGCUCCCAGUGGGAAAAACUCUGCGCCGAAGAUCCAGAUCGAAGCCACCUGCGGCCACGAGCAUCUGGACCCUAUCAAGGCUGAACAAGAUGAACGACGAUCUAGCCACACCUCAUCAGCCCCAUCAUCCAAAGGAGCAUGCCCCGUCUCCCGAUGCCCGAUCCGAUUCCUCGAUCAACACUCGCCCGAAGAAAUCGCCGAAUACGUCGAACGACACAAACAUGAGAUACCCCGCAGCCAUGCAAUUUGCGUGAAGCGCUACCAACGAAACCCUCAGGAUAUGAGACAUCUGGACGCCAAAUACGGUGGCUUGACCAGCAUGAUCGCUGGCCUAGGUGUCAAGCACCAAGCCUUCCUGCCUGACCGUCAGACCAACGGCGAAGACCACUCCUCACGUUCUGCGUCGACCGAACGUGUUGAGAAAUGGGCCGACAACGUGGACCCCAAUACAUCCAUCGCUGAGAUCGAGGAGAAGAACGAGGAAGAUCAGAAUGAGGAUGAUAACCGCCAGAGCCACUUUGACCGCCCCCUCCGUGAAGUCCGCGUGGGUGAAUCCCCAAGCAGGCCUUGGGGCAUUUCAGUGCCUGUCACACAUCUACCUCCCGCCUCAGCCCCGUUCUCCAGUUCAGCAUCUAUUCCUACGUCACCAGAUCCUCAAGCCGACAAACCUGAUCAACCCAUCGGCGUCAACGUCCUUGGUGCAAAGCCUGCCGGCGGCUGUCCAUUUGGUCACGGUAAACCAAAGCCCGAAGCCUCAAAGCCCGAAAAUGAAACAUCAGGGAGUGGCGAAAGACCUCAGGACAAGAAUGUCGCUACACCAGAAAAACCUGGUUGUCCAUUCAGCCACGAUAAACCAAAGACCGCAGUAGGAAAGUCUGAAACCGAGACUCCCUGGAGUGGUGACUGGCCUAAGACCUGGCCCAAGGAGCAGGCCGUCAUAGAUCAAGCACCUCCACCCCCUGCUGUCCAUGCUUCAACUGCUUCUGUAAGCGAGGAACCGACCGCUAAACCCGACAUCCCCUCAACAUUUUCAACACCCUCACACAUGACCUUCAAUGGCCCCGUCUUCUUUGGGUAUUCCGCCGAGGAGACUGCCAGCCUACUACAGCAGCUCGGGAACUUGGGCAAAGCAUGA